AUGCUGAAUGGAGUGUGCGGUCAGCUCGCCUCUGUGCUGUGGGGGACAACCCCGCUGCCACCCAUCAUCACCAACUCCGUGCCCCCCCCCCAGGUGUCUCCACUCAGAUAUGAAGCAUCAACAAAUGAAUUGAUCAAUGAAGACUUAGGAAUAGCCUGUUCAAUUAUUGAUGGGAUUCCUAACAUGAUACAACAGGCAGCUAGGAUGACACAUCAAAAUAAGAAGCAAGAAGAAAUGGAGCAUUAG